AUGACAACAUUGGCUUCACUCUUGCUGUUUUGCGACUUCCUCGAGAACUUACUCCACACGACAAGUGUGGCGCUGUUGCGUCGCAUUUUCAGCGAUUUUUACGCUGGUAAUGAACAUACGCUACAAGAUUUCAUGCGGCUUGGUGCAAGCGUCAUUUCCGUGAUGCCCUUUCGAAAAAAGAGUUCUCGACAUAUGAAAGAGGCAGCACGGCUACUGGCUGAACAGCGAGAAUCAACCAUUUACGAAGGUUGCAUUGUCAUGGAAAAAUUGCGGCAGCAGCAAAAUCGUACGAAUUUAUCAGAUUCCUGUAUCUUUCGCUACCUUUUUGCACGUGUGGCCACCAAAAACAUUAUGUGGCUGCGCGAUAUGUUUAACGAAUUUUGCAUCGGCGAGGAGACAAUGCUGCGUGAGUUUGUGCGUCGUGGUAGUGAUGUGAUCAGUAUCAUUCCUGUUGAUAUUCAGGUGAUGGGUAUAGCUCCGCAGCCCCACCUGCCAUUAUUUAUAGCGACGACAAUGUCAGAUGAGGUAUCUCCACCACCGACUCGCAAUCAGAUUGAUGAGAAAAAGAGCAGCCACAUGGUGGUGUUGACUUAA